AAACGCCGCCGCCUCGCCAAAGGCGAAGCGAGCUGUGAUUGGCGUGCGCAGCUGGGGGAGCGGACGGGACUUGCAGGGACUGGCGGGGCGGAGAGGGGGAGUCGGCCAGGGCAACGCGAGCGCCGGGGAAGAGGCACAGGCGCCGGCGCGGCGUUAUGGCUCCGCUGGCUGGCGUCUUCGCAGCCGCCGCGCGCAUGUGGCCGUAGCCGAGGCAGGGUCGGUGGGGGGAGCCCACGCCAACCAUGCUGUCCAGGAAGGGGAUCAUCCCGGAGGAGUACGUGCUGACCCGGCUGGCCGAGGAUGUCCCCGAUCACACGCGCUACCGCGCCCGGGAGCGGAGGGCCAGGUUCGUGGGCAAAAACGGCGCGUGCAAUGUGGCGCACAAGAACAUCCGGGAGCAGGGCCGCUUCCUGCAGGACGUCUUCACCACCCUGGUGGACCUGAAGUGGCCCCACACGCUGAUCAUCUUCACCAUGACCUUCCUGUGCAGCUGGCUGCUCUUCGCUAUGAUCUGGUGGCUCAUCGCCUUCGCCCACGGGGACUUGGACCACAGCACUCAGCAGCUGCACCUUCAAGCCGGGGAUGAGAGGCUGGCAGCGACGGCGGCCCCCUUUGUGCCCUGCGUAACCGACAUCCAUUCCUUCACCUCCGCCUUCCUCUUCUCCAUCGAGGUGCAGGUGACAAUCGGCUUCGGGGGACGCAUGGUGACCGAAGAGUGCCCCGUCGCCAUCCUCGUCCUCAUCGUGCAGAACAUCGUGGGGCUGGUGAUCAACGCCAUCAUGCUGGGCUGCAUUUUCAUGAAGACCUCGCAAGCGCACCGCCGAGCCGAGACCCUUAUCUUCAGCAAGCACGCCGUGAUCGCGCUGCGCGAGGGGAAGCUCUGCUUCAUGCUGCGCGUGGGCGACCUGCGCAAGAGCAUGAUCAUCAGCGCCUCCAUCCGCAUGCAGGUGGUGAAGAAGACCACCAGCCUGGAGGGCGAAGUGGUGCCCCUCAACCAGAUCGAGAUCCAGAUGGAGAACCCGGUGGGGGGCAAUAGCAUCUUCCUGGUCUCGCCGCUCAUCAUUUACCACGUGAUAGACAAGAAUAGCCCCCUGUACGAAGUAGCUCCAACCAACCUUACUCACCAUGAGGACCUGGAGGUGAUUGUCAUCCUAGAAGGGGUGGUGGAAACCACCGGCAUCACCACCCAAGCCAGGACCUCCUACCUGGCUGAUGAAAUACUUUGGGGCCAAAGGUUUGUGCCCAUUGUAACCGAGGAGGAUGGGCAAUACUCUGUGGACUAUUCCAAGUUUGGCAACACUGUGAAGGUGCCCACUCCAUCCUGCACAGCCAGGCAGCUGGAAGAAGACCGGAGUAUCAUGGACACCAUUUCCUUGUCACCCAGAGGCACCAUCAGGAAAAGAUCUGUUAGGUUAAAGCCCAUAUUUACCAUAGCUGGAGAGACUUCAUGACAGCUCUGUCAACUUGGCUGUUGUAUCAGGCAUAACAAAAUCAGAGGCAGCCUUUCAGGUUGGUUCCACCAGUAUAUGCGAUAUUUGUGGUGCAAGACAAAAUGUAUGACUCGGUAUCUGAGGACAACUGAGCAUACAUAAAGCUUUCUUCAACUUUUGUAUGUACUGUAUUUGCACUUAAGAUGGGUCAACCUCCCAGAGAGAGAGAUACUUUUUUGGGGGUGGGGAGAACUUAUUUUCUAUGUAUUGGAUUGUAUUAUUUCAGAUCCACCACGGAAAGGGUACUAAUAAUCAGGUAUUCAUAUUUAUGAAAAGACAGUGUAGACACAAGAAUGCCCAUUUAUGUGGCAGUGGUUUAUGUACUGAAUGAAUAAAUAUAUUAAUUUAAUUCAUAAAUGAUACUGCAUGCUUUCUUUUAUUGCCAGUGAAUUGGAAGAUCUAUUGGCUUACAGUAUUCAUGGAUCCUAUAAUGAAGUUAAUUCCACUUGUGUUUACCUGUUGUGUUAGGGCAUAUGGAAAAAGAUUUUUAAAAAUUAGACAGUUAGGAGGGAAAGCAGUCACAGUUGUGGGCGGCAGAGGAAAAACUGAUUUUUGCAUAGUACAAUCCUAUCCAAAUCUACUCAAAAGUAAGUUCCAUUGAGUUAGCAAGGGCUUAUUUCUAAGUCGUGAAUAUAGAAUCUUAACUUCGGUGGGUUUAUAGAGUGCCACAAUCACCCUCUGCUGCUACCCCAAUCUUUUUAUUGUAAAACUAAACACUGUAUCUUACUUGUAUGAGUAAUAUUGAAUUGGUAGAUCCAUUAAUGUUGGCUGCCUUUAUGUAACUUAACUGCAGGAUUAGAUCCAUCUGUUCAAAUGUUAUAGCUAAAAUUGAUCUUUCCAGCCAUUUGGAAAAACAUGGACAUUUUUAAGGAAAUAAUACUGUGUAACCAGCUGGUUUGAACUUCCUAGUUGUCUUGACUUUCAACUCCAACAAUAUUCACCAACAAGUAGAAGCAGUAGGGCUGACAAUUCACUGGUGACAUUGUAAUCCUAGCUGUGAUGUGAAUUCCCAUCUCUAUCACAUGGCAUCAUUAGUAAGCUUUCAUUCAUUUUAUUUAUUUUAAGUGACAGUUUUUUAAAAAAGCCUGCAAUGUCUAAUUGUUGCAGUGUUGGACUUGGAUGAGGGAGACCAAGAUUCAAAUUCUACUCAACCAUAAAACUCACUGGUGACCCUGGGCCAGUCACUCUCUUGCUCUAGCCAUACCUACCUCACAGAGUUCCUCUAUCUAUGCUACCUUGUCUUUCUUGGGCAAAAGCAUGCUAGAAAUAAAAUAAAUGUACUUUAUAUUAAUUGGUGCAGAAUGAGGACAUAUUGGGGAGAGGGGGGCAAUUAAUCAAUUUAUCAAUAAUAAAGAGAUCCUACUGAAUUGCCCUGUGGGACUUACCACAUUUUCAAUUAUGGAAGUGAUUUGACAGAAUACAUCAGGAGCUUAAUUAAUCUAAUAGAUGUACAGAAAUUAGAGAAAUUAGAUUCCACAAUUAAUACUAUUAAGGAUUAAGCAUGGUGAUGUUAUCAAAAAAGGUGUUACCUUAUUUGCCAAACAGCAUACUAUAUGCAUUGUAUUCCAAAAAUAAAGUCUUAAUGUCUUUAAAAUUAGCAUGUAUAAAUUUUAUUAUAAUUGCAUGCUUUACUUUUUUCUUGUAAUAAUAAGAGAACAUUUUUAUGUCAUCUGCACAGUAAAUCAGAAAUGUCUGUGGCAUGGAAUAAAGUGGCAUAACCAUGUUAAUUUUAUAGACCAAUAACCACAAAAUUAAAAGGUGCAUUUAUUUU